AUGGUGGUAUUCAAGUUGUACGUUUUCAGAUUUAAAAAUAAGAAAAUAAGAAGACUCACUGAAGCAGUUUAUAGACCUUUGGAUUUUCUUCAGCAACUACCAGAAGUUUACAAGUUAAAAGUAUGUUACAAAAGUCAUCAUUAUUUGUAUAAAGUUAUUAGUGAAUUGAACUCUAUCUUCAGUUCAACAAUGUUGGUGCAAAUUUCAACUGGCUGUUGCAUCAUAUGUCUUAGUUGUUUUCAAUUAGUAACAAGCAAUAUUGUAAGUGAUGGAACAUGGUCAUCAGGUUGGGAAAGAAAUCUUAAUUCUCAAAUGAAGUCUUUUAUGCUUAUGUCAACUGUCAUUGCCAAAUAUCCAUUACAAAUUGAAGCAGGAUGUUUUUUUAUUAUAUCUUUAGAUACAUUUGUAACUAGUGUUAUGGUCGAUGGAUCUUUACAAUCAGAAAUAAAUUUUCAUUUUCUUGAAGGAGCAUAUGAGCACGUUAAAGAUGAUUUGAUAGCUCAUAGAUUAAGAGUACAAUUCAGAAAACAUCGGUAUCUGGUUGGUGCCGUUUCUGAAUUUAAUUCUAUUUUUAAUUUGACGAUGUUAAUGCAAGUUUUUACUGGAUGUUUUAUGAUUUGUCUUGGUAGUCUUCAAAUUCUAAUAGGUGAAUUGAAGACUCAAUUAACAAUAUUGUUUUUCCUUGGAGCAGCUGGAUUCCAACUGUUUAGUUGCUGUUGGUUUGGAAGUGAACUUAUAUUUGUGAGUAAUUCUGUGACGGGAGGACUAUGGUCGUCUAGUUGGGAAGAAAACCUUACUUUCAAUGUCAAAUCAACCAUGAUGAUAGCAUUGGCACUUGCAAAAAAUCCGUUACAAAUAAAAGCUGGAAAAUUUUUUAUUAUGUCCCUUGAGACCUUCGUUGUAAUACUGAAGAGUGCAUAUUCAUUCUUUGUAUUACUUUCUUCAGUGAACGAAGAGUAG